CGCUGCUGCAGCGCUGCGAGGACCGCGCAGCUUACUGUGGCUUUCUUCACGGCUUGGUGAGAAAACUACGACUAGGAGCCAGUUUAUUUCAGCAGAUAAAACCUCUCAGAUGAUAUCCGGAGAUGCAAGAUACACCUGAAGAGCUGAACGGAGUACCAGGGAGGAAGGACGGAGGAAGGAGGCGCAGCAGAUAGAGAGCCGCAGGGCCAGGAGCAUGACUGAGCAGCAGGAGCAGGGUGAAAUAAGAGGCCUCCUCUCAGCACACGACCUGGAUCCCUCCAAAGACGACGACACACACGGACACUUCAGGUUUCAGCUGAUUGAAGAGCUUUCAUAUGAAGAUGUGAAGAAAUGUUACAGGGGAUCGUGUGUGUCUUGCAGCGGUUUGCUCCAGGCCUUGGAUGUGCGAGAGUGUGUGUGUGAGUACGGUGCCAACGUGCUGAGCCUGGUGCAGAGCCCCCGUCCUCUGUGGGAGAGGAUGGUGUCUGCGCAGAGCGGAGUCGGAGGGGCCGGUGGCCGAUGCGGCGGUGAAGGUGGAGGGGACGGCGGGGCCGGCACUGUGCAGACAGGCCGGUCCGCCAAGGAGCUGCUCAUGACUCUGCCCUGUCCCUCUGCACAGACUGUCAGCAAGUACAACUCGCAGUACCACAAACUGUUCGCAUGCGUCCCCAAGGAUGAGAUCCUCAUGAAAGUGUACUCCUGUGCUCUCCUCAGAGACAUCCUCCUGCAGGGUCGGCUCUACAUCUCCAGACACUGGUUGUGUUUCUAUGCCAACCUCUUUGGAAAGGACAUCAAGGUGGCUAUCCCUGUCGUCUCUGUGAGGCUUGUGAAGAAGCACAAAACAGCCGGCCUGGUGCCGAACGGUUUAGCCAUCACAACAGACACCAACCAGAAGUAUGUUUUUGUCUCUCUGCUAUCAAGAGACAGUGUGUAUGAUGUCCUCCGCAGAAUCUGCACACACUUACAGGUCAACGGGAAGAGCCUAAGCUUGAAACAGUUCAUGGAAGAGCCAACCUUAUCGCUGGAUGAGUUCCCGACUCCGGAUGACUUCCCCGUCGUCGAUGAGUUCCCCUCAGUGUUAAAGUGGAGAAGGAAACCGUCGGUGGUGUCUGUGUCCUCCUCUCUUCCUGACCUCCUGGGCAGCUCCAGCAGCGGCCUGGGAGCAGCAGACACACCUUUUAAGACAGAACCAUCUCUAGAAGAAAGAGGUCUGCAGACAGACAGAGGUCUUUUAUCGGAGCCGGUGGCAGAGUUGGGCCAGAUGGAGUACCAGCUGCUCAAGUUCUUCACCCUGCUAAUAAUUCUCCUCAUCCUGUCAUCGUGCUAUCUGGCCUUUCGUGUGUGCAGUCUGGAGCAGCAGCUUUCCUUCCUCAGUAACCCAAAUCUGCCCCUCAGAGAAAGGUAACCUCUACUCACCUGUUCACUCUCCUUAUGCUGGGACCCGAUGAUGUCAACCUGCACAGUUAAAGAACCAGAACAAACCCCUCCCCUGGCUACAGCAUCAAGGAUCCAGGCGCCGGAGGUUACGGGAUGAUUACCCAACCCAUGAUCACUUCCAGGCUAUGCAAACAGACUGUAUAUUUAUUUCUAUGUAGAUUUUGUUACAGCUGCUCAGCAGUUUAUAUCACAGACAUUGCCUCAUGCUUCAAUGUGAAGAGAGGAAAAAUAACUGCUAAAUCCUCACACUGAUGAUGAUGAUGGUUUUGAUGAUAGAUAAUGAGAUCUAAAAAGAUACAUGAGAAUGCUGAUGGUAAGGAAACGUCCGUAUUUCUGUUGAUCUAAAUGUUUGAAUGAUUGAGCAAACUAGUUUAACUUUAGAGUGAAGUAUAAAACUAGUGAUGAUGUUGCACUUUUUCUGGUAAACAUUAUGUCUAAAUCAUUUCAGUCACAGUGACAUUAAGUGUUUCUGCUUCUGUAAAGGUACUCAGUUGUCAUUUUUAAGAUGUUCAUGGAGGAACGUACUGUGAGCGAAUGGGCUUAUAAUAUUUUUCUGUUUUUAUUCAAUUCAAGAAAAAAAAGCUAUCUGAAAGAAGAAAAUGAUUCUGAAAGUAAAAAUAUAUAUUGUAGAGGAAAUAAAUCACAUUGAUAGCAAAAAAUGAUGUUAUUUUAUGUGUUUGUAGAGAAAAUACUUUGUCAUUAAA